CCGUGCGGUCCUCCAUUUAUUUACGCGAUAUCCUCGACUAAAGGUGAGAGGAAAAGGCUGAAAACCUUACACCGAGUGCAACAUCUUCACACCCCUUCAUACCCUCUCUCUUCUCCUCUGAAUAAACAGCGCUGCUCACAUGUUAAGACAAAUACUCGAAAGUAUCCUUUCGUUAAAUGACAGUAUUUACACGGACCGAAGCCAAAAGGUAAAACAGAUCCACUCGAAAGGUGUUUCACAGUCGCGUGCCAGGAUGUUGCUCAAUUUGCACGGCUCGCGCUCGUUGCGGGAGGAAAGGGGUGUGGUCAAACAGCGCGCGCGUGCUGAUAAUAUGCUCUAUGUCUAAGGAAGCUCCAGUGGUCAAAGGUGGUGUUUGUUUCUUGUUUGUUAAUCGGUGAGUGGGUGAGCAACACUUUGUCAUUCGAAAACCUUUGAAGCUAAAUCAUUUAUAUCAUCAACUGUGUGACAUUUGCUUUACAUUCAACCAUGGAGAGGCAUAAAAUAUCCAGAGCCAACCCCGAGACUCAACGGGGCCUUAAGCAAAAUUUGAUAUUGGGGCCCUCUAUUUCUGCCAAUAAUAUUGAUUGUUGAUCAUUCACACACCUACUACAGUAUAAAUUUAAUGUGCCUGACAUGUCUUUGUACAUUUAAGGGGGUGGCCUAGGUAAUAACAGAAAUAAUAACAAUGCAACUAUACAAAUAAUACCAAUAAAUGACUGAUGAAUGAUGUUCAGGGUGCCACAUAUGGUUUUAAUCUCAAAUCUCAUUAAUCAGUGCACAUUGCACAGCAGAAGGCACAUAACAGUAGUGGAGCUUUGGCGUAUCGGCAGUGAGAAUCAUAGGCCUACAUCAGCAGCAGCACCAAAAUGUUUUUACUUUUUUAUUUUUACAAUAUUAUAUAUUUGAUCAUACAGAAAGCAUCACUCAAAUAUGCAAAAAAAAAAAUCUAUAUAUAAUUUUUUUUGAUUGCUCGCUGGGGCACUAAGCAGGUGCUUAGUUUGCUUAUGCCUCAGGCUGGCUCUGGGUUUAUCACUGAGACAAACUAUGAGCUGAACUGCAAAAACAAUAAGUUGAUUUUGUUCACUUCAGAGCACAUGAUUUGAUCAAUUGUAUUGAUACUGUGUGCAGAUGUCUGUUUGAAUUCGCCCUUUCCCCCCCUGUGAAAUAAAUAAUGUUCAAAUCAGUAAUGUUUUAAUUGUGACCUGCAAAGACCCUGCAGAUGUAAACAGAGCUAACUCUGGCACAAUGCAUUAAGUGUUAAUAUAUCUUCACUUUUGCACAUGGUCCCAUCAAAAUAAAAUUAAUAAUGAAUUGAUCAAAAACUCAGCUCAAAACAGUUAAGUUCAUCAUCUGUUUUAAAAACCUGCAUUUCUCGAUGAGAAGCCACCAUCAAAUGUGUGUGCAGGCCAAAGUGUUUGGGUUCAAAUUUCAUGGUCAUUCAAUAAAUUACCUAUUAGCAACCAUUCUGCUCGCAUGAGCAACCACAGAGCGAUUCAGUUUAUCACUGUUCACAGACAUGGAUCUGACUGCAGAGAGCCACAGUAUUCCUCUCAGCGAUGGGAACCGGAUUCCACUGCUGGGACUUGGUACCUAUGGAGACCCCAGAACGGUACAAAUACAAUUUACAGGGUUUUUCUAGAUUUGAAUGUUAGCAGGGUUUGAUAAUAGCUGCUUUAUCAGGGGAACUUUUCAGGAGUACUGAUGUUUAUGGCUUUCAGGGAAUGGAUAAACAUUAACAGAGGUUUAAAUAGACUCAAUGUCAUGGGUAAACAAAUGUCUAGUAAUAACAUGCAUGUAUUUUGGACCAACUGGCUAAAAAUAAGGUGAAAUCACGUUCAAAUUUUCUGUGUAUCUUUCAACAGACACCCAGAGGUACAGCCCUUGAGUGUGUCAGACUGGCCAUAGAUGUAGGUUACCGGCAUUUUGACGGUGCUUUGGUGUACUUCAAUGAGCAUGAAGUGGGUCAAGCUAUUAGGGAGAAGAUUGCUGCAGGAGUUGUGAAAAGAGAGGACAUCUUUUAUUGCGGGAAGGUAAAAACACUUAUUUUCCAAAGGUCUGUGGUUACUGUUUGAAGAUCUGACCGCUUUAAACUGUUUUCCUGUAAAGUUAGAUAUGAAGUGUUAUCACCAUUCAAUGUUAAAUGCAGUUUUGCGAAAUCCGUCUCAGCUCUGGAACACCUUCCAUCCACCUGAGUUGGUAAGACCAGCCUUGGAGAGGACCCUGAAAGCCCUAAAACUGGACUAUGUGGACCUUUACAUUGUUGAGCUGCCUAUGGCCUUCAAGGUAGUUUGCCUUGGUCACAUUUUGACAUGUGUUUUUUUUUGAUAGUUAGCUAUAGUUCUUGCCAUCUACAGCUUAGCUUUCAACUUUUUGUCACAAUUAAGAGUCAUGCUAAUCAAAUAAAACAUUCCCCCGCGUGAAUUAAUCUCUCAGGCUUUUAAAAGUACGAGUUCUUACAGUAAUUUAUCAAAUGCAUUCUCAAUUUCAGCCUGGAAAUGAGUUUUAUCCAAAAGACAAGGAUGGAAAAUACAUCUACCAUCACACAGACCUCUGUGCAACAUGGGAGGUGAGUACUGUUGAGUUCUGUGUGGAUAGACACUUCUGCAGUUUCAUAACUAGACUUUUCUCUGAUUUGUAACAACUCCUUGUCUUUUUUACACCAUUUUCUAGGUUAAUUUGCUACUCAAUUGUAUAUACAGUUUUAGAUACAUAUAAAAAACUUUUAAAUACUGAGCACAUUGAAAAUAAAAUGCAACUAAGACAAUGGCAGCCUGGUACAAUUUUUUUGGGGGAAAUUUAAUUGUAGCACCAGAAAUUACCAUUUCAAUUUUAAUAAUGUUAGAUAUGAAAAUGCCAAGAGUUCAAUAUGUGUCUUUAUUUAUGUCUAUACUGUAGAUUUAAAGCUACGGUGCAGAACUUUCAGUGUGUAUUGAUUUUGGCGCCCCCUGUAGACAAAGCAAUUAUUCUGAUCUCUUUGCUGAUCUUGUCCAGUCGGAAUCACUGCCUUAAUCUACAGAAGUAUAAUUUACUGAGUUUAAAACGAACUUUUAGUAAGUAAACAACCUUACACAUAAAGACAGGUUAGUGAAAGUAAAGCGAGUCUGUGAAGACUAACUGCACAGUUUAUCAUCUCAAAUCACAGAACUCAUAAAGACAUAUAGAUACAGCCACCAUUUUACUGUUGUUUUCUUUUGUCUCUAUAUAUCUUGCUGUUGAUCACAUGGUCUGACUCUUACCCUGUGGCAGUGGUUUCAAGAAUUAAAAAAGCUUCAGUGUUAAUAUCAAGUGUCAUGAUCAGCUGGAAACUCUUCACAAGAGAUUUCACUAAUUGUCUCAUUAAAUCAAAGUUUGUGUAGUUUCAUCAAACACAGGCUUGUAACAUAAGAUUUAUCCAACCUGGACAACCGGCGUAGCAUACACUCCCUUAAUUGAUUGUUUUCAUGUGUCAUGGAUGUCAGAAAGGGUUAUAGAAAAACAAACAACUCAGAAAAACUUGGUGAAUAAUGUUUUUUUAAACUUGAAGGCUGAUGUUAGAACAGUGGGUGAUGCAGCUUCAAGGUCGUUGCUAUAAACAGCCUCUCAGUGUUCAAAGGUCUGUUUUUUUCUUCAUUACUGUGCUUCACAUUUUUCCCCUCUAUCUCUGUCUGCAAAGAUAAUCACUCUCAAUCUCCGCGAUGAUGUAAAUCUUUUUCUUCUCGACAGGCUUUAGAGGCUUGCAAAGACGCCGGGCUGGUGAAAUCUCUCGGAGUCUCUAACUUUAACCGCAGACAGCUGGAGCUGCUUCUGAAUAAACCUGGCCUCAAACACAAACCUGUGUCCAACCAGGUAACCCAGAGACCUGAUAACAGACAACAAAGUCUCCCUCGCUCCAAAAGCAGAGAUAUCACUAUCAGUUGCACAAUAUUAUAACCCAUCGUUCAGGAGUGUGAGUUAUCAGGAAGAGGGUAACCUUUAUCUUUUUACUUUAUGAUGAAUUUGAAUUCGAGGCUUCCCAUUUAACAAACACUGACCACUAUUUAAAUUCUACUUUAUAAUAUAAAGAGUAUUUAUUACCAGCUUGAGAAAUGUUGUGGUUUUUGGUUUACGAUGUGUUUGUACUGACCAAACAUACAGACUAUAUUACAUGCAAAAAGUUAUCUGAGCAGUCCCCUCUUAUCAGCUGUAAUCUUUUAUUGCUCUCAAGGACAGAUCUGACAAAGCUCAAGUAUUUCCCAUUUGAAUAAAAACCUGUAUCUUAUUGUCAUUUUUUUUCCUUUAGUACUUAUAGAGCAUUCUUUAAACUCAACAGACAUACCCAAACCUAAAUGAAAUGUACUAGAGACUGUUUGAAAAAGCAGCUCUCGAUUGUAUAAAAAGUUUGGAUCCUCUUUUUCUUCUCCAUCCAGUUUUAUCCAGAGUAACAAGAGCACAGGGCACCAACAUAAUGUCAGAUAUCUUUGGGCUAACUGUCUGUCUCUGUAUGACUUACUUGUAGGUUGAAUGUCAUCCAUAUUUCACACAACCAAAACUCCUUGAGUACUGCCGCAAGAAUGACAUCGUGAUCGUUGGUUACUGUCCAAUCGGCUCUUCCAGAGAUGCAUCCUGGUAAAAAAAGAAGAAAAAGAAACAUUAUCCAUGUGGAUGUGACACUUAUGAAUAGAAUCUUGUUCUAGGAUAAGAAAUUAAUGUUCAACAACAACAUCAGUUGCAUUUACAUGUGGAUUUAUAUGUAUACUGCAACAAAGUUUAGUCACUGAAUGUAUCCUACCUAAAUCAAAUGAUCCAAGUCUAAUGGAAUAAGAAACUAUAUGUAUGUCAAACUUCAUAUGCAACAUGUCAGUUUGAUCUAAUUUUUAUCCUCUUAAUUUGAUAAGUAUCCAUCCAGGUAUGAAUUGUCUUUUCCUUCAGGGUGAAUUUGAAAUGUCCCCCUCUGCUGGAGGACGAGGUGCUUGUAUCUAUAGGAAAAAAGUACAACAAGAGCAGCGCUCAGGUGGCUCUGCGCUUUAACGCACAGAGGGGGGUCGUAGUGAUUCCCAAGAGCUUCAGCCCAGAGAGGAUCAAACAUAACUUCCAGGUGGGUCUUAUUUUUUAGUAUACUAUGGUGUGUAUCUCCUGUAUAAAGUUAAUGUAUUUGGCAAUUAAACAAGUUAUGGUGCCAAAUUACAAUUUAUACAGCAUUUUUAAAAGGUUAGUUUCAGAGAUGUUGAAUAAAUAAAAAUAAUUAUAUUUGUUGCAGAUAUUUGAUUUUUCAUUAACUGAGGAGGAAAUGAAAGCAAUCGAAGCACUGAACAAGAAUAUUCGUUUUGUGGAGCUGCUGAUGUAAGUAUGAGCACUCAUUUAAAGAAAAUAUGAAGUGAGAGUGAAGAUGAUAAAUAUGUUAUACAUAACAGUAGUGUGUUUUUUUUAUGUAUUUCACAAUAAAAAAAAGUACCCAAUGGGAAAAAAGAGGCCUAAUCCUCCCACCAAUAAAAAGAUUUCAUACAAUUGUUUUUUUCUUCAUCACAGGUGGAGUGACCAUCCAGAGUACCCGUUUCACGAUGAAUACUGAACUUUUGGACAUAUUUCAGCAUCCUCACUUUACCUCUUUUGUUCCUAUGAUGUGUUUUCACACUGAGCACUAGGGGGCUCUAGCUGACAGAUAAUAAAAAGAACCAAUAAAUGGACUCUUUGGGAUGCAUGGUGACAAAAGGCUCAUUUGUUUCCUCUGUAUUUCAUUUUUGACUAACACCAUGGUUAUAAAAUGUACAAAGAAAUGAUUAUAUGUGAUAGGUUGAUUAAUGUUACUCUUGUUUUCCGUAACUUUUCAGUCCACACAAUUGAAUACACAGGAAUAUCUAUCCGGGGUGUCACAGAGCUAUUUUUCCAGGUUUUCCAGCUACCUCUUUCCACGGUAUCAGUGAAUUUAAAUUUGAUUGGAUGUUAAUGCAACAUCAACUUUUAGGCAUUGUUUGUACUUCUGAAUGUAUUAAAAUUAAAGAAAUGCAACUUUUGAUGAA